CCCCUCCCCUCCGAAAACCGUUGCGCGCUCGCGCAAGGCUUUGGGGGCGGUUGGGGGGGGGGGCGCGCGCGCGCGCGCGCACCUGCGCCCUCCCUCGGCCCCCUGCGCCUGAGCCGUGUGAGCGCGGCCGGGCGCCGCUGGCGACCCUCGUCUUCUCCUCCUCCUCCUCCUCCUCCUCCGGGAAAACGCAGGUGACCGGCGCCGGGCUGUGUGGGGAGGGGGGGCCGUGGUGGUGUCAGAGCCGUGCCCCUUCGGUACCUGCGCGGAGUUUUUUGUGAGUUUUCUGAGGAUAAAUACCAACACCGCCCCCCCCCCCUUUCAUCCCCGGGCGAGGUUCUCCUCACAGGGGGUCGGUGAAGGAGCCUCCCCACCCCCGGGGUCGGGCAUGCUGAAUAACGGGUUUACACCCUCUGGCUGCAGCGUUUGGGGUUUGAUUGUGUGUUUUUUUUUUUCCUUAAAUCUGUGUGUUGUUUUUUUUAAAACCCUUUUAUGGGCUCUCAGCGCGCUGUCCUGUGCCUGUUUCCCUCUGCAGGUGAAGGGAAUUACCCUGAGGAUCCCUCAGGGUGUCGGUCCCUUGGCAGAUAAUCUCGGGCGGUUUUCAGUGUUUUCUCCCUCUUUUCUCAUUUAUUUUUAAUUGUCACAUUUAUGUAACAAGUGCCUGCCCGCACAUUAGGUUGGUGUCGCCGUCUCUUGGGCGUUGCAUGCUCUCGGGGUGCUGUCUCCAGUGCUGUGUGUCUGAACAUUAAAAAAAAUGUCUUUCCGUUGAAGAAGACAGGGGUUAAAAUGAAUGAAGAUCUGAAGGUUAAUUUGAGCUGGCUGCCUCAGGACCAUGUAGAAGCCAGCUCUACCGAGAAUGCCUCAGCUGCAGGCUCCUCCCUGGUUCCUGUCGUAGACCCAGAGCCAGAGCUCUUGGUAAACCCCUGGGACAUUGUCUUGUGCACUUCAGGGACCCUCAUCUCCUGCGAAAAUGCCAUUGUGGUCCUUAUCAUUUUCCAUAACCCCAGUCUCCGCGCCCCCAUGUUCCUCCUGAUAGGCAGCCUGGCGCUCGCAGAUCUCUUAGCGGGAAUUGGACUGAUCAUCAAUUUCGUUUUUGCAUACCUGCUGCAAUCAGAAGCUACAAAACUGGUUACGAUUGGACUGAUUGUUGCCUCUUUCUCAGCAUCUGUCGGCAGCUUGCUGGCUAUUACUGUUGAUCGUUACCUCUCCCUGUAUUACGCUUUGACUUACAAUUCAGAGAGGACUGUCACUUUUACCUAUGUCAUGCUUAUAUUGCUCUGGGGAGCAUCUAUCUGUAUUGGACUGCUGCCUGUAAUGGGCUGGAACUGCCUCAGAGAUGAAUCCACCUGCAGUGUUAUCAGACCGCUCACUAAAAAUAACGCAGCUGUCCUUUCGGUCUCUUUCUUGCUUAUGUUUGCCCUCAUGCUGCAGCUCUACAUUCAGAUCUGUAAAAUCGUGAUGCGCCAUGCCCAUCAGAUUGCCUUGCAACACCAUUUCCUGGCCACUUCCCACUAUGUGACCACCCGAAAAGGAGUGUCUACUUUGGCCAUUAUUUUGGGGACUUUUGCUGCUUGCUGGAUGCCUUUUACACUCUAUUCUCUAAUAGCAGAUUACACCUAUCCUUCUAUAUACACCUAUGCCACCCUCCUGCCAGCUACCUACAAUUCCAUCAUCAAUCCUGUAAUAUAUGCUUUUAGAAACCAGGAGAUCCAGAAAGCACUUUGGCUCAUCUGUUGUGGCUGUAUUCCUUCCAACCUGUCCCAGAGAGCAAGAUCGCCCAGUGAUGUCUGACUGGCAGCUAGGAGCACGCUGCUUAACGCGUUACUUUCCAGACAUUCUUGCGACACUGUCUUUGGUUUAGAUGCAUUCAUUAAAGGGUGUGUGAUGGGUUCGUAUAAAAACCACAGAAUGUGCUGACCUCUUUGUAAACAGCAAACCCCAGAGACCAAAAUGAAUCAAGCGGUUUAAGAGAGAUUUCCAAAAUCAAAAUAAUCAGUGUUCUUACAGAUUUAUAAUGUUGCUCAGGGUCUUUUGUUAUGAAUAUAUAACCCAGACUUUGCCACGUUUGCCAUAAUUUUACAUUAAGUUUGCUAAUUAAAAAUAGAUCAAAACAGCAUACCUCAUCUGAAAUUGUUUAUGUGAUUGAGUUCAGCCAUACUGCAUGUUACAGUCCGUUGUCAGGGUAUUUUUUUCCCCUCAUUUUUUCUUACUAAAGCAGGAGGAAAAAAAAAAAAAAAGAAAACACGUGUCCUGUUACCACAAACCCAAAUGUAUAUCAUCAGAAUACUCUUCAAAAUAAUGGCCAAUUGUACUGGUUUAUAUGGUAUGUAUUAUAAUAAUCUCAGUGCAGCAGAUUUGCUCUAAGUGAGGAAGUACUUGUAUGGCUUUUAUUUUAUAUCUCAGCAUGAAUUAGCUUGAUCGUUAUUUUUAAAGAGUUACCUGGCCUCUACUGAGUUCUGGCUGGAUGUUGAAACAGAAGAUAUGCUUUGUCUUCCAAUUCAAAAGCCAGGUGUCUGUUUCCACUUAGAUAUGGGGCAUCAGAGCUCAUUAUAUUAUUAAUUUUAAAAGAAUUCAGUGGGGAGUUUCAAAACUGAUGAAACAAUAUGGCCUCUUUCGGCUGUGCAUUUGUAAUAGAGGCAACACUUCCAAGUUUCUCGGACAAGUUUGCCUUUUAAUAAGGAAACAUCAAAUAAAAUAACCUACAAAUUACUUGCAACAUGUAUUUAGUUCAUUUCUGCAUGAAAUGGUUCCCCCUAAGUUUGUUAUCAAGUCAAAACUAUUUGCACUUACUACACUUGGUUUUGCUCUUCUGCUAUAAUUUAAAAUACAGAAGUUUAUAAAUUCUCAGAGCAUAUCUGGUCCGUAAUUGUAUGCAACCAGAACUGCAACAUGAAACGACGUUUUCUCCUUCUCUGGCAGUUUCAUCCAUUACAGACUGUGAUUCUGCGCACUGUGUGCAUGUCAGUUCACUUCGUUAUAGGACGAUAGUUCUGGUCUAAAAAGCUUCCUCUCAUGGUUAAAUUUAGAACUGCUUCUAGCCUUUUACUGAAGCCACAUUAGAAUGCAAUAGGAAUAAAAUGUUGUUUUCUAAUUCGAAGACGUGAUUGUCAGAGAGGAAACCUUCCUGGGCAAUUUCUUCAUGAAAUUUAAGGCGUACGCUACUGUCAGUGCAUGGGAGCCCAUGGCACCACUUCCACUGGCGUUCCACAUGGGAGCUCGCUGUGGCCAUGCCCUGGCAUCAGUAGGAGGUUACACUCCCUUGAAUGUCGAAGUCGGUAUACUGUGUUGUUGCUUCAGUAUCUUCCGUUAC